CAAGAUGGCCGCCGCAGAGGAACUGUUCACGUCAGAUGUGCAUCUUUUUACACCAUUUUUCCAAGUAGAGGAAAACAGUAUAGUAUUUACCAGGUUUACAAUAUACAGAUCCCCUGAGAAUACCUCUGCCAAUGAGAUGGAAGGGAGAAGCCAUCACAUGGGAUUUCAUGAAACUGAUGAAGAUGGAGAUUUGUCACCUCCAAGAAAGUUCUCUGCCAGAGAUGACUGUGAAGUUAUUACAAUAGAACAUCAUCUUUCCACUGGGAUUGAAGAUGUAGGGCUGCAGGUUUGGAGAGGGGCCCUCCUAUUAAGUGAUUUCUUGAUUUGCAAUGAAGAAAGAUUUGAUGGAUGUUUUGGGUUGGAGCUUGGAGCAGGUCUCGGUUUAUGUAGCAUCAUAUUGGGAAGAGUGGCAAAGAGACUGUUCUGUACAGAUGUUGGAGACACCAUUCUCAGCAACUGCAAUGCCAACAUAGCAGCUAACUCUCAUCUUUUUAGAUAUGGCAGUGAAGCUGUUACAGUUCAUGAAUUGGACUGGCAGAAAAAAGGAUUACCCUCUGAGAAUGGUUCUUUCUGUUGGACAAUAGAAGAUCAAGAGCUGUUUAAAGCUAUCACAGUUGUGUUGGCUGCAGAUGUGAUUUAUGAUGAUUCCUUAACUGAUGCUUUCAUUGAAACAGUCUUGCAUCUUUUUGAGCAAAAGACAGACAUAGUCCUUUACUUGACAGUGGAGAAACGAUUGAAUUUUACCUUGAAGGAUCUUGCUGUAACCUGUCCAGCAUACUCCCAUUUUACUGAGAGAAUAGAUGAACUGGAAAGUAAACAAAAAAGAUUAACAGCAAGGAAACUCUCCACUGAUUUUCCUAAGUACCUACAGUAUGACAGAGUAAAGGAGCUGGAACUGUGGGAAAUUAAACCAACUUAACCUGAUGUUGACAUGGAAAACUUUAAACACCCACCAACUGAAUGAAGGUGUCUGAGCUUUGAACUGGUUAAAUUUAUCAGGUUCCAUCAACCUUCUCACACGGUACUAUUUACAAUUAUGAUAGAAAAGGGAAAUCCUUAAUUUUUCAAGGACUCAAAUUGAGUUCAAUUCAUGUUCUUAAGUCUUUUGUACAUUUUGCUUUACUUUGACUCAAAAUCAUUAAACAAUAGGUUAAGACGCUGAAACUCAAACUCUGAGGCAGUCUAGUGUAUUCAAUUGUGUAUGUAAGUUUUGGCAUAAGCAAAACUGAGUAAAGAUAUUUACUUUUGUA